GAAGGGGUUGUGCAUGCAGCAUAUCACAACACUCAUGAAUAAUGUAUAACGACAUCGUUAUGUAUAAUACAGAGUAAAUUUCUCAACAGAAAUUGCGUGCUCGUUGAGAAAUACCUAAAACUUCAGAAACGGUUCGUUAAGGUUUAGAAAGGAUUUUGGAAAUUCUGAUUUGGUAGUAGAGUUGUAGAUGUGUGGAACACUCUACCAUGUAGAUGUAUUGAGAUCAUCAUAUUAGAGAGAAUUAAAAAUGAACUAAAGUGUGUGUGUGUGUGUGUGUGUGUGUGUGUGUGUGUUCCCUCUUAAUGAUCGCUCAGGUCAGCUGUGGUCCGAUAUACAUGAGUUGUUAAUUUUCCUUAAUAGUUGUCAUGCGAGUUGGGGCAGAGUAUGGAGACAGGGUAUGGUGGCAGAGUAUGGUGGCUGGGUAUGGUGGCAGGGUAUUGUGACAGGGUAUGGGAGCAGGUAUGGUGGCAAGGUAAGGGAGAGGGCAUCGUUGUAGGGUAUUGGGGCAGAGGAUAGAGAGCCUUAACAAAGAAAUCAAGUGUUCUGACGUAUAUUAACAUCACCUGUCUUCACAACAAUCGUAUUUCAGUAAGGUUACGAAACCUUUGUAAAUAAGAACAUGUUCGAAGAGCUGAUUACGUUCCAAAAAAACAGUGAGCAAACUGCCUGGGCGAACAAGGAGUGGUCGGUCACCUGACCUGGCGACCUUUCUCACCAGUAUGCAAAGGAGCAUCGGCAGGAAUUAGUGAGGUUUCAGGUGUACCAACUACAGCAAUGUCAGGGAUCAGCGGUUGGGCGGCUCCUUUAACCCUGUUCCCAAACACCUCAUUAACACUAUCAUGGCCGAGUGCUGAACCGCUGCCGCAGAUGAAGGGAUGGUUUGACGUGUGGAUACUGCUCUGGCGCCUGACACCCGGGUGCCAAACCUCACACACUGCACAACCCACACUCUCCUUGCCCACCCGCCCAUAUACUGCCUCAGCCAAUAGCAGCGAACACAUGUGAAGAACAACCAAUCGUCGAUUAGUUCACGUUUUCAACGUUCCUCAUUAGUCCAAGUACGUUUUUUGCUCUAUUGAUUGCACAGUUUAUUUCAAAUGUCUUUGUGAGAUCCGUAGACGUGUCUAAACGACUCACAGACUUGAACAAUAUUCUUAAAGUAUGUAUUAUUAGAGACUGUUAACUGAGAAGAAAUGGGAAGACGUGUGGGUGUUGAGGUGGGUGGGGCACAGGGCGGGACUUGAGAACCGUGCCUGGGCAGGAUACUUGGGACAAGAGGCACUAACACUAGUCAGUAGUGAACCCUUGUUGGUGGUGUGUGAGCAGUGACGGCUGCACCCGAGGCAGCAGUCAAGUAGUGACCUCCCACUUGCUGCAGUGUAUGUGGGUCAAGUGAGAGGUCAGGUUAACUGGCGUCACGCGGGUCGUCUGAACUACCUCAUAAGAGGCAGCAUUAAACACGAAGUAGUGUGUGUGUGUGUGUGUGUGUGUAAAUAGAUUGAUAAGGUCAAAUACCGUGAAGUGAAUCAAUUAAUUUCUUGAACGAGGUCGUCUGAACUACCUCACGAGAUGUUUGUGUCAGGAGCACUGCCCUGGGAGGUGCCACCACCCGCCCUGCCACCCCUGGGCGGCCUACUCGGCAUGUUUGACGGGAAGGAGAGUUUGCGGGCGUCCAUGUUGCUGCCACCACCAGUGCCCAGGACGGCAGCCUGUGUGGUUCUCUCCCAGGCCAGCCUCAAUCCCACGCCCACCCUCUCCCUCAGUCCCCAGCACACGCCCACAGCCGCCCUCGCCCCAUACACCAAGACAUCGUCGCCACCCACAGCACCACCGCUGAAAUUUGGCGUCGACCGAUUGUUGGCCGCCGAACCUAGCCGAGGACACGUAUCUUCACUGUUGUCCUCAGCAGUGCGCAUGUUUCCUGCUGCGCCGCCUACCACCUCUGCUCUGAUGAACACGUUGGGGGCCACCACCUGCCCUGUCAUCACCUCCCCUGCCAUCGUCACUUCCUCCUGCCCUAACCUCACCUCCUCCUCCGUCACCUGCCCGAUCAUGACCUCGUGCGCGACCUCUGCUGCGGGUUGUGGGUGCGAUGCCGCAGGGGGCAAGUGCCCCUCUGACUGCGGGUACUACUACGCCCCACUCUACGCUGCGCAUCCAGCACACCUCCUCAACUACAGCUCCUUGUACGGUGGAGGCGCAGGCGGCAGCAGCAAUAGACACGAAGGAGUGGGCGUGACCACGGGCAGCCACGGACGCCGGAAGAGGACGUGGACACGGGCGGUGUUCAGCAACCUGCAGAGGAAGGGGCUGGAGAAGAGAUUCCAACUGCAGAAGUAUAUCACUAAGCCCGACCGAAGGCAGCUGGCUGCCACCCUCGGUCUCACAGACGCUCAGGUUAAAGUUUGGUUCCAGAACCGAAGGAUGAAGUGGCGUCAUGCAGAGCUGAAGAAACGGGAGCAGCAGCAGCAACAGCAGCAGCAACAGAUGCAGCAACAGAUGCAACAACAGGAGGGGAACCAGUUGGAACAAGGCGAAGGGACUAGAAGAGCAGAGGAGGUGGAUGAAGAGGAGGAAGGAGAGGAAGAGGAGGAGGAGGUAGUGUUGGGGGACCAUGGUAUGUCUUGUCUGGAGGGACGAGACGAAGAUGAUGAUGAUGACGAUGAUGAUAAUGAUGAUGAUAUCGACAUGGGAAGAGGCACAGCUGAUGAGACCAUAGGGGAAAUAAAUGUAGUUUAAGGCAAAAAUAAUAGCCUUAACAUAUGUUAACAGAGAAAUUAUGUAAAUCGAUGCCCUUUGAUGCUACAAAACAACAGUAGUGACCACAACACAUCCUGUGCUAACUUCUGUGUCACAAAAGAAAUGUGUAUAUUUGUGUAUAUAUACUGAAAUGCGUAUUUCUAAGUGUAAAUAUGGUGAGAAGUGUGUAACAUUCAGUGUAUAUAUAGUGAAGAGUUUACUUUAAUCCCUGAUUUAGGUAUUAGAGUAGCCUUGACUGGUGGUGUGAAGGUUACAUUCGGUCUUAAUGACCCUCGUGUAGUCAAUAGGCUUGAAACCCCAUAAGCAGUGUUAUUUAGAGCAGAGAAGUGAAAUAGAAGAGGACACUUGCAGAUAUUGAGGAAUAAAAUCAAACGGGUUAUUUUUCUUCUUACGCUGAAACAGCCUCUUCCAAAGACGCUAAAAUAAAAUAAAAAUUAAAAUGUGCACAAACCACGGGACUUAUUAUUUUAGCAAAACUGCUGACUCAGGUGAUGUAUGUAUAUGGAUGGAGGCAGUCUACCUGGAGGUCAUUAUUUUAGCAAAACUGCUGACUCAGGUGAUGUAUGUAUAUGGAUGGAGGCAGUCUACCUGGAGGUCGUUCCGGAGGUCAACGCCAUCGCGGCCCGUCCCCGACCAGGCCUCCUGGUAAAUCAGAGCCCGAGUAACCACUUCGUUACUACUGGCCGCACGCAAUCCAACGUACGAGCCACAGCCCGGCUCUCGGGCACUGACUUUAGGUAUCUAUCUAGUUCUUGAAGACAGCCAGGGGUUUGGCAGAGGUGCCUUGUCAUCACCACCAAAAUUUACUUUUGUCCAGAGGUUUGAUUUUACGAAGAAUUUUGUGUAGGUUUUUAACGUAGUUUGUGCAAGGGGCAAGCACAGGGGUUUAAUGCAUCGCUGAUUACAUACGCAUUGUUAUUACACUCUCCAAAACUAUACACACGCCCUAUUCCUUUUCCAUUCCAUUAUUUACAUUAUCAUACAGAAAAAAUAACCAAUAUCUCUCCUGAUCCUCUGUUAAUGCUAUACGACACCUCAUCAAGAAUGCUGACUACAUUUUUUCUCUCAGAUUUAUAUUCAUAAUUAGUAUGCUAUUGUAAAAACAUGAAAAUUUCCAAAAUUAUAAAUUAUUGUACUAUAAAAGGUGUGUGUAGGGUUUCUCGCAAAUGAAAACCACUAAAAAUUAAUGAAAAUUCGUCUUGUGGUGCUUAUUUUUGAGUAUACCGUUUUUUAUUUUAUGAAAGGAAUAAACUGCUCCAGUUUUUAUGUUUGGGGCCAAUAAUUGCCAAAAAUAGUAAAUAUGCUCCAGUGAGUGUGACAUAACACCUCAACACAGGUUGUAU